UUCAUGGAUCUUCCAUUUUUGUUCUCUCUCUGAAUAAGCCAUCAAAAUUAUUUUUGAUUGCUCUAUCAAAAUAUAUUACAUAUAUUAUAUAUACUUGUUGUAUCCAGAAAGCUUUUGGAGCUUUGGGGUUUGAUUUAUUGAGCGCCAGACCACACUAUGGAUCCUAAGAGAAAGAAGGACUGCCAUGACUCGGGCGAGUCGACCCGGGUGGCCUCGACGUUCCCGGACGAGGUUCUGGAGCGAGUUCUGGCUCUGGUGAAGUCCCACAAGGACCGGAGCUCCGUCUCUCUGGUCUGCAAGGAUUGGUACGACGCCGAGCGGUGGUCAAGGACCCACGUCUUCAUUGGAAACUGCUACUCGGUGUCGCCGGAGAUCGUGGUCCGGCGGUUCCCGAACGUUCGGAGCGUUACCCUGAAAGGGAAGCCCCGGUUUUCGGACUUUAAUCUGGUUCCUCCGAAUUGGGGCGCUGAUAUUCGUUGUUGGCUUGUGGUUUUUGCGGCUAAGUACCGGUGUCUUGAAGAGCUGAGGCUCAAGAGGAUGACUGUGAGCGACGAGAGCUUGGAGUUUUUGGCUCUUUCUUUUCCCAAUUUCAAGGCUCUCUCGCUUCACAGCUGUGAUGGGUUCAGCACUGACGGGCUUGCAGCCAUUGCCACUCACUGCAAGAAUUUGACUGAGCUCAACAUACAGGAGAAUGACAUCUAUGAUAAAAGUGGUUGUUGGUUGAGUUGCUUCCCUGAGAACUUCACAUCAUUGGAAGUACUAAACUUUGCCUAUUUGAAUAAUGAUGUCAAUUUUGAAGCUCUUGAGAGACUGGUUAGUAGGUGCAAAUCGUUGAAUGUUUUAAAGGUUAAUAAAAAUAUAACCUUGGAACAAUUACAAAGGCUGCUUAUUUGUGCACCCAAAUUAACAGAGCUUGGUACUGGCUCAUUUCUGCCUGAGCUUACGGACCGCCAGUACUCAGAACUUAAAAGGUCAUUCAGCAUUUGCAGUAAUCUCAACGUACUCUCUGGUUUGUCAGAAGCUACAGCCCUAUAUCUCCCAGCUCUAUACCCUGCCUGUACAAAUUUGACAUUCUUGAAUUUGAGUGAUGCUGCUCUGCAAAGUGAGGAAUUUGCUAAGCUUCUUGUUCACUGUCCGCGUCUUCGGCGCCUAUGGGUCCUCGAUACAGUUGAAGACAAGGGUUUGGAGGCCGUUGGAUCCAACUGUCCUCUGCUUGAGGAACUUCGUGUCUUCCCAUCCGAUCCCUAUGAGGAGGGUAUUGUCCAUGGGGUGACUGAAUCUGGGUUCAUUGCUGUCUCUUAUGGCUGCAGGAGACUACACUAUGUUCUCUACUUUUGCCGACAGAUGACUAAUGCUGCUGUAGAAACCAUUGUGCAGAACUGUCCUGAUUUCACCCACUUCAGGCUUUGCAUAAUGACCCCAUGCCAACCAGAUUACCGGACGAAUGAGCCUAUGGAUAAGGCUUUUUGUGCAGUGGUGAAAACUUGCACUAAACUCCGGAGGCUUGCAGUUUCAGGUUUAUUGACUGACAUGACUUUUGAGUACAUUGGGAAGUAUGCCAAAAACUUGGAAACUCUUUCGGUUGCUUUUGCUGGAAGCAGUGAUUGGGGUAUGCAGUGUGUUUUGGGAGGUUGUCGAAAGCUGAGGAAACUUGAGAUAAGGGACUGCCCAUUUGGGAAUGCGGCAUUACUAUCAGGUUUCGAGAAAUAUGAAUCCAUGCGGUCACUAUGGAUGUCAGACUGCAAAGUGACAAUGAACGGGUGUAGAUUCUUGGCAAAAGAGAUGCCCAGGUUGAACGUCGAGGUAAUGAAGGAAGAUGGGAGUGAUGACAGUCAGGCCGACAAAGUUUAUGUUUAUCGUUCCGUUGCAGGCCCGAGAAGGGAUGCUCCACCUUUUGUUCUCACUCUCUGAGGUGUGCAUGCAUGUAAUCUCUCUGCCUUUGUAGAAUUGGCUUCAUUGAUCAUUGUCGUAUUUUUCCUUUUGGUUUGCUUUUGGUCUCCCCAUGUUGGCUGUGAUUCCCUCUCGCAAAGCAAAGGCAAUGCUAAUAAAAAUGGUGCCAAAACCAUCGUCUUUCCAUUUGUAGAUGAAUGUAGACAAUAUUGUUUAAGAUCUUGAUUCAGAUAUUCCUUGUCUUUGUUCAUUUGCAAAGACAAUGUUGUUUAUUAAGAUUUUGUUUCAGACAUUGUUUCAAUUC